AUGUCCGAUAUAAAGAGCGUUUUGUCGUUAUUAUGUCAGCAUUUAAAUGCGUCGAUCAACGUCACGAUGAAACCAGAGUAUUUUAGACUGGCGAAAUUCAAUAGCACUGCUGAAAAUGUCGUGAAGGUGUUUUGGAAAGCGUUGAACAUUUUAAGUUAUCAUGCUGUGAAAGAAAAAAUAAUUGCAGCUGAUUUCGAACAAUUUGAUAUAGUCUGGGCUACCAAAUUGUAUUUUGCAUAUUUACAGUAUCCUGCAGUAGAGUUUUAUGCUUUAAGCGCAGAGAGUAAAAAUAACAGGCCAUUAUUAUUAGCAUUUGCAUGGCUUCUGGGAACAGAAAAUAUUUUGAGUAUUAUUGUUCAACUAAAAUUGUCCAACAGUGUGCUAGGAAAAGAGUUUUCAUAUGCAAAUAAUUCAGAAAAAGAAGAAAUAGAGUACAAUGUACCAGAGUCUAUACCAGCACAAAUAAACCAUGUAUUGUACUUAAGUGGUAAAGUGAAUUAUAAUAUAAAACAGAUAUCUGAGUUAGUUUCUGAGAGAACUAAAUUAGUAAACAAAGCUCAUGCUGCAAGUAAAAACUAUAGUGGUCUUCCACACCUGAGUGUAUCAGAAUUAGCUUUGGUAAAACGUAUUUCAACUGUUAACAAGAACCUGCCUUCUGAUGAAGAUAAAAAAUAUAUAAAGGAGUUGUCUGCUACUGCUAGUUUAUUAGAUAUACACAUGAAAUGGUUGAAAAAAGAACACAUAUUCUUUGAAUGGAUGGUAACAGUAGUCGAAGAACAUAAUAAAUCAAUGAGCACCAGUUUACAAGACAUAGAUUGGAAUGAAGCAACAAAGUUUGUUUCCUUAUUGGAUUACAUGACACAAGAAAGGCUUAAAGUUCUGUCAUCCAAAGAGAGAUGUAAAGAUUCCCCAAACUAUGAACCUAAUUGUAUUGAACGUAUGCUAAGGCUUCAAGGUGAUGAUGCAGAAAUGGAGAAAUGGCUAACAGAAAUUUCUGCUGAACUGGACAAAGAAACAGAAGAUUUAACAAAGAAGAAAGAGAUGCUUUCUAAGAAGCUCAAAGAUAUUUUAAAAUCAAUUCCUUCUUGUGUUCAAGUUCCAUAUUCAUAAUAAAAUAAGACA